AUGGCCCUGAAGUACUCAACAGGGCGGCUCUCCCGGAGCUUGUCCAGGGCGACAACCUCAACACGCCAUGCCUCUUCGCCCCUUGCCCUGGCUUCGCCUCAAUUGAGGUCUAUGGCAACCGUCCCACCUGUUACGCAAAACUCCGUCGGCUCCAAGGGUCCAACAGCCAUGGUUUUCAUGAACAUGGGCGGCCCCUCGACAACGAAAGAAGUCGGCGACUUCCUGAGCCGGCUCUUUGCAGAUGGUGAUUUGAUUCCCCUUGGACGCUUCCAGAACUAUCUCGGCCCUCUCAUUUCCAAGCGGAGAACGCCCAAGAUCGAGAAACAAUACGCCGAAAUAGGUGGCGGCUCACCCAUUCGCAAAUGGUCCGAGUACCAGAACGCCGAGAUGUGCAAGAUCCUGGACGAAAUCUCCCCCGAGACUGCGCCUCACAAGCCGUAUACCGCCUUUCGCUACGCAGACCCAUUGACCGAGGAAAUGUACAACCAACUGCUGGCAGAUGGCUUUGGGAACGGAAAGGGCGGAAGAGCUGUCGCAUUCACACAAUACCCCCAGUACUCGUGCUCAACAACGGGAAGCAGCAUUAACGAGCUUUGGAAGUGGCGGCAACGGCUGGAAGGCAAGGCGGUUGGAGAGACGACCCCGGGUGACGGCACCAUCUCGUGGAGUGUUAUUGACCGCUGGCCAGUCCACUCCGGUCUGGUCGAGGCGUUUGCGCAAAACAUUGAGGCGAAGUUGCUCGAAUACCCCGAGGAGAGGCGCAAGGAUGUCGUACUGCUGUUCUCCGCCCACAGCUUGCCCAUGUCGGUGGUCAAUAGAGGCGAUCCUUACCCGGCCGAGGUUGCCGCGACAGUCUAUGCCGUUAUGCAGCGCCUCAAGUUCUCGAACCCUUACCGCCUUUGCUGGCAGUCUCAGGUCGGCCCGUCUGCCUGGCUUGGGCCGCAGACCUCCGACUCGGUGGAGAAUUAUAUUCACAAGGGUCAGAAGGAUCUUGUACUGAUCCCCAUCGCAUUCACGUCAGACCACAUCGAGACUCUGUAUGAGUUGGAUCUUGAAGUCAUUGGAGACUCUGGGUCCCCCGAGACGGUCAAGCGAGUUGAGAGCUUGAAUGGAAGCCCGGUCUUCAUCAGGGCUCUCGCCGACAUUGCCAAGGCUCACCUCAACAGUGGCAUUGCCUGCUCGCCGCAGAUGGAGCUCCGCUGCCCUGGUUGCAAGAGCGAGCGGUGCCUGGAGUCGAAGAAGUUCUUUGCCGGACAGCAGACAAAAAUUUCAGCAGCGCACGAGAAAACUCUGGCGCAGUAA